AUGCUCCCACUUAAUAUCCUCUCCCUUUUGUACGCGCUUCCACUUACGCACGCUGCUCUUUAUCACCCUACACCGGCUCUCUCCUUCAUCGAACACGUCCUCGUCGACAACUGGGGAGCAUACGCAUCGAAUUUCUCUUCCGCAAUAACCCCUUGCACACGCUAUGUCUCGCAGACUGGGACUAUGGCGCUGACAAGCGGUCGCACGACGUCGGCACAAUGGAUGCGCGUCAUGUUUCAUGACUUCGUCACUGCGAAUGUGAGCGCAGGCACGGGUGGUAUCGAUGCUAGCAUCGGGUUCGAAACGGCAAGAGUGGAAAACAAAGGGAGUGCUUUCAACGACAGUUUUGCAUUUUGGAGGCCAUUCGUUCACGAUGGAGUUUCUAUGGCGGAUCUUAUCGCGCUCGCCACCGUCAUGUCUAAUAACUUGUGUGGAGGUGCGCAGAUGCCUUACCGCGCUGGACGCACCGAUGCGACAGAGGCUGGACUUACUACUGGAGUACCCGCACCAGAGACUGAUCUCGAAGAAACUUUGCUGUUCUUCGAGCGCGCUGGAUUCGACAAGGUAGAUGCUAUCGGUCUUACAGCUUGUGGGCACACUUUAGGAUCUGUUCACCAUGGUGGUUUCCCUGAAGUCGUAGAUGAGAGUUUCGUUACACCCGAGAACACGAAUGGCGGUAGCAAUUUCGACACUACACGUGGCGUGUUUGAUCCCAAUGUCCUCGGCGAAUAUCUAAAUGGAACAGGGAAUAAAGGAGGACCAUUGGUCACCUCAUACAACGACACUAUGAACUCCGAUCUGCGGUUGUACGAAAGCGACAAGAACGCCACUAUGCAUGCGCUGUUCGCCCAAGGCACGGGUUUUCUGGAUACGUGUGUCGAGCUUAUGAGUCGAGCCAUCAAUACAGUACCUGCUGGUGUCCAGCUAGGUGAGCCAGUUACGGCAAUCCUUGUCAAGCCAAUCAAUGUGACAUACGACUUCAAAGAAGACGGAAAAUUGAUGCUCAGCGGAAAGAUCAGAAUCCUCACACCAGCGGGUGCUUCUCCGCCAUCAUCGUUGAAUAUCCGCAUCAACCAACACGAGACAGAGAUUGAGCCAGAAGCCGAGACUGGAAGCUCCGUGUUCGGUCGAAGCAACAGUAUAUACGGAACCACGUCGUACUUUCCGUUCUCGCUAUCUGGACCUACCAUUCGUGAUGCAACAUCGUUCUUGGUGUACGGACCGGGCAUAUCAGAAUCGACUUUCCCGAUCACUAGUCAAGCCUUUUUCGUACCCAGUUUGACAGCGCUAGAGGGUUCGUCGAUCAAUGUCACGAUUGCCAUAACCGAGUCGAAGUCUUGCAGUGACCUAGCAGUGCGUCUCGCAGCACCGUUUGUGCAACACGAUACGCUAGCACCGAAGAUGCAUGAGACCAGUAUAGCUGUUGGGAAGGCAACAACAGUGUUAGACGACUAUACGCUUUGCCAUGGUCUCACUGUCUUGCAAGAUGUUCCAACUGGUCUGGUUGGAGCUGAGGCUUUGAUUGGAGGGGAAGUUCUUGAUACACUCAUGGUCAACGGAGGAAUGGCAGGGUGGUAG